AUGAAGCACGAGCAGGACAUACUACACCGCCAGUCACCACACCCAUCGCCAUCCGCCCUCUCGCAGCCUUUCCGGUACCCCAUUCUAAAUCAAGCGUCCCAUGUCAUCUCUCAGCUGCAAAUUUCGCAUUUUCUUGCAAAUGACUUGAUUGACUUGUACUUUCAAACUCCGUUUCCAGUCAUGAUCCUCAACCCAAACCAGAUUCUUACCUCGGAUCCACACAGAGUGCGGAAAAUUAACGAGGGGUUCAUUCUGUCUAUGCUUCUCUGUGGAGCGGCACUUUUGCAACUCUCUCCAUCACCAUCUAUUUCCAAAGAGUCCUCGCUAGGACUGCUAGACAUGUUGUUUUUCAAAACAAACAGCUUCUUACAAAGUUCAACCAAAUUGGACCACGAUGACAUUAUCUCAUACAUAAAUCUUGUCAGAGCAUACACGAUGGUUGGCGGCAUUCAUGAGGCCAUUCAAGUAAUUGACCAGGCUAUCAGCCUCGCUUUAAAGCUUAAAAUCAAUGUCGAGGACCCAUCGGAGUACCACACAUUGACGGAAGAGAAGAGAAGAGCCUGGUACUGCCUGGUCACCCUAGAGGCAGAGCUUAAACACGGCUCACGUCAUCCUUUCCUCACUAGAAAUAUGUCUAGCUCAUUUUCCUCCCUAUAG